GCUGGCGUUCUGUGGGCGUCCCCCCCGUGUCGUCAUUUGACCAAUGAGCACGCAGCAGGGUUUCGUUUAAACUUGUGCGGCGGGCGGUGCUGCUUGCCCCGUCAAGGAGGCUUUCUUGGGGUGCCGCCAUGGAGGAGCCACCGGUGGGGCUGGAGGAGACCCCAGUGACCUCCUUGUCUGAGCUUGUGGGGACCAUGUCACCUUGCGCCAACUCCUGGAUGACCUCGCUGGCAUGGCUGGAGCAGAGCAUACCGGAUUCUCCUGCACUCGAGACCCUCCAUCAGAGCCUGUCUGCCUUGUUCUCAGACAAGGCCACUGCCACCACCCCAGUCUCUAUGGCAUCUGUAGCCACCUGGAAGACACCCCCGAGCCUACUGGAAGCUGGUGUGAACACAUCCCCGAGGGAGAUGACGUCCGCUGGGGACAGCAACAGAGAGACUGACUCCCUUCUGGGGCACCAUUCUCGCCAUCAGCUGAGUGACCUCUCUCGACCAGAGCUAGAGGGAUGCCUAGAGGGUGCCUUGGUCAUCAUAGAGGUCUUCUCACACCACCUACAGACCUGCCAGGAACACCAGAGGCCAGCAGCACAGGUGGCAGCUACGGAGCAGAGGGAUGCAACUACUCAGGCCCCCGGAGAGUGUUCUGACGCGUCCAAGAUACUGGGGAGACUCCGGCAAGCCAUGCAGCAGAACCAUGAGGCCCACAGUCUGGCCAAGCGGAUGACGGCUGCCAUUGAGGAAAUGCAAAACCAGACGUUCUGGGUGGGAUCCUUCUUCCGAGGCAUCCUCUGCCGGAGGAAGGCUUGGCAGAAGUAG